AUGGCCAGUGAUUCUAUUAUUGCUAAACUAAAACCUGACCAACUCAAAGAGAUAGUAUCGUCAUUUAUGGAAUUUGAUCAGAACAAAAAUGGCUCUAUUUCAUCCCAAGAAAUGAAAGAAUGUCUUUGUCGAGCACAUGUUGCAUUUGAGGAUGCAGAAGUUACUACAGUUAUGUCAAGCAUGGAUCAUAAUAAAGAUGGCAAUGUAUCAUUUGAGGAAUAUUUGAAAUUUAUGUCUCGUAUGUUCAUCGGAGAUCUACAACCAUCUCAAACAAAAUCAUGUCAACAGAAACCAGCUCAGCCAUCAAAGCCAACACAAAAUAGAUUGGACAGUUUCUAG